AUGGCGCCAGCAGCGGCACCAGUGCCUCGGCCCCGGCCGGCGUGCAGGGCUGAGCUGUGGCUGUGGCUCUGCUUGCUGGGCAGCAGCAGCUGCUUGCGCUGCGGCAACGAGCAGCUGGUGUAUUCGGUCACAUUCUCCAAGGACACGAAGGCAGCGAGAUGCACCCAGGUGAGCUACACCCGCACCAAGCCCAUCCUCCUGCAGCACCCCUGUAGCAAGUACAGCUCCUGGGACAAACAAAAGAUGUCCGUGUACCUGGGGAAGUUUGUUUUUAUCAGCAUGACUACUUUUGAGUCCAGCCUCUCCCCGCUCUCCAUCCCAGAAGAACUUGAGGCCAAAGAAGCUGUCGUCAGCGCCAUCGCCUUUGUGCACACGGACAGAGUUUCAAUGGUGAUUAACGGCCGGGUCUAUGUGUACUUCAAGAGCCCUGACAGAUGGGUCCCAUCAGCAGGAGUCAGCUCAUCCGUGUCCGAACUCUCAAACGUCCACUGCUGCUACACAGGAGAGGACUCCCAGUGCAAGGUGGUCAGCUGGACCCUUUUUGCUUACGACACAGGGCACUCUGUCUCCAAGAGCCACAUCUUCCUUUCGAAGGACGGGGGUUACACGUUCACACGCAUGCAGAUCAGUACAGGAGAGCGAGGCAUGCUGCUUGGUGUCUACAAUUUCAACUCUUUUGGCCUGACUGGCCUGCUGAUCAACAGAACUGGAGGGGAUGAGACAGGGAAGGCAGCAGGGGCUUAUUUUAAAUACUUUGGUACUGAGAACAACCAUGUGCCCAACUACAGCUCUGCAGUCUUCCGCCUGCUGUCCAAAGGCCCUGCUAAACUUUGGAGUAUCCAUAAUCUUGGCUUGAGGGGUUUCCUCAUUCUCUGGACAACAGACAUUUUGCUUGUGUCCUCCAACAAUGGCUUGUUAAUGGAUGAAGUGACUGUCAUGCCAACAAAGAAGUUUCAAAACACUACCUUCCCCAACUGUGGUUUCUCCCUUGUGACUGUUAGCAGGUCUGAGAUUGCAGUCUUGACCCAGGACAAGCAAGUCUUCUAUGGCAGCAUCAGCCAGGUCACUACUGUGGUGUAUAUUGCCACAGACGAGAGCAUAGAUUUGAACACCACAGUGAUGCUGUUUGAAGAAAGAGGGUGGCUGACCUUACUCAGCCCUGUGAUGAGCAAUUUUUCUCAACUGUAUGACUUCAAGAAAUGCAAAUUCAACUUGCAGUUGGCAGUCCGGAGAUCUCAGCAGUCCUGUGAUGUGGAGAUCCUUGAAGGAAAUUUCCAGAACAAGAUCUAUUACAUUGACAUGCAUAAGAACCUGACUUUGAAUGCCACGUUUGUGCCCAAGCGAGGCAAAACAUCCAUUCCCCUGGUGACAGUGAGCAACCCCCAUGUGCUGGCUUUCAGUGCAAAGAUAUUAGAAAGAGGAUUUACGUAUGAUGGAAACACCGAAUAUCUUCUGCACAUAGGUCUGCAGCAGCAGUAUUUCUCUGGUUUUGCAGAGCAUGAUUUCUGUUAUGGCUUACUUGAUGGUGAGUUAUCUACUAUCACUGUGGAUAUCCCUGACAAAGGCAUUGGCUGUAUUGAUGUGGCUCCUUUGACUGCACUUGUUGCAGUGUCCUGUCCACCUACAAAGCAUAUUCAAAUUUUUAAAAAUAUAACGGCAUGUGACAAAGGCCUCAUUCAGGAAGCAGUACUAAAGAAGAAUUUCAGUUACACAAUUAGCUAUGAAAUAUAUGACCCACAGUUUCUUGCCAGGCCAAAUAUACAGCAAGAUAAUCUACAGAUCAAAUAUGAUUUUAAGAAUCUAGGAUGUCCUCUUCUGGUAUAUUACAAAAAUCCUUGGGUGCCAAUUCUUGAGUUAUGGGAAAACAGUGCAUUUCAGGAGCAUGUCUCUGCUGAAUUUGUUAUGUUUGAAAUAAAUGGAAUGCAUAACUAUGAUUAUCUUUUGACCGCCAAUGAUGCCAAUUGUUUCUCUCAACCUCAAAAUUGGACUGCUUUGCUAAAAGAGCAGGAAUCUCCAGACCCACAUACUGCAUGGACCAGAAGAAACUAUAUGAGCUGUAAGAACAGGAAUGGACCUGAAUUAAAGUGGCCCUCAGUCAAGUAUCAAGUUCUUGGUGGAGGCAAAAAUAAGAUCAUUUUCCCUCCAUACAAUGGUCUGUAUGUUUUUAAAGCCAUUAUAGUGGAUACAUUUUACAGUUACUGUGACUUAACCAUAACCUUCUCAAUUUACGUCUAUGGUGCCUUUCCCAGGACCUACUUAAGUUUUCAGGCCACACUGAUAGGCCUUCUGAUUUUAAUUUUACUUUUGAUUUUGACAGGCUACUUCCUACCUCAUUUAUCACUCAAAAAAAUUCAUCCAAAAGUUAAAGUAUUUUGA